AUGGUGUCUCCUGGCUCUUUUUCUGCAGUUUUCAUCAGGCGGGCUGGCGAAAGAGCCCUUCUCCCUCCGCCUGGGCGGGCAGGAGGGGCAAUAGCGGGCCACGUCCAGUCCGGGAAUCCAGCGCAGGUUUUGCCGGUGUCUCUGGGAAGGCUGAGCUCCAUUGGAUGGAGCAAUGUGCCUUAGCCAGGGCUGCGCUCUCCUGUAUAACAUUCAAAGGAGGGAGAGAGGGGCAAACGCGCUCUGUCCCUGGCUCCCCCAUGCACGGGGCUAGGUGUGCGCGCAGCUCUCCCGGCGCUAGUUUGCGCGCGCUCUCUGUCGCAUAUGCAAAUCCACGCGCCCCCAGCCGGAGUUAGGAUGCUGCUGCCGCUUCUUCCUCCUCUGCAAGACCCAGCUCCCGCAGACUUGUUCUCAAGACUAUGAAAUGACCAGUCCUCUUCACCUAGCAGCAGCAGCCUGGGCACCUGACCUCCUCCGCGCAACCUUGAGCAGACCGGGGGGGAGAAAAGGGCUCCCCUCCUCACCUCUCCUCCUGUGCCUGGGUGCGGUGGCAAAGCCAGGGGGGCUGUGAAAGCAGCGCAGACUCGGGGCACGUUGGUAGCAGCCUUUGGGCUCCCCAGACUGGACGAGUGGCAGGAGAAGCAGCCACUUGAAGAAGGAAGGGACUCUCGAAAAGCUGCUCCCCUCGCCUUCCCUUCCUCCCCCCCUUGCCCGAAGAAAGUGGCGUGCGGGGCUUGCUUCUUCCCGAGGACUGCUGCUGGUGGUGGUGUGUUUUUUUUUCCUUUGCUUGCUUCUCUGACCAGCCAUGGGGAAAGGUCUGGAAAGCACGGCUGCCCGAUGCGGAGUGGGACUGGGAUACUUACUGCAAACGUUCGUGUUGCCUGCCCUGGCUAUCCUGAGUGCCAGCAGCACGGGCUCCGCAGCGCAAGAUGAUGAUUUUUUUCAUGAACUCCCAGAAACCUUUCCAUCUGAUCCUCCAGAGCCUCUCCCUCAUUUCCUCAUUGAGCCUGAAGAAGCUUACAUCGUAAAGAACAAACCUGUGAACUUAUACUGCAAAGCCAGCCCUGCCACCCAGAUCUAUUUCAAGUGCAACAGUGAAUGGGUUCAUCAGAAGGACCAUGUGGUGGAUGAGCGAGUAGAUGAAACUUCUGGUUUGAUUGUUCGGGAAGUGAGCAUUGAGAUUUCCCGUCAGCAGGUGGAAGAACUCUUUGGACCUGAAGAUUACUGGUGCCAGUGUGUCGCUUGGAGCUCUGCCGGCACUACUAAGAGUCGAAAGGCCUAUGUUCGCAUUGCAUAUCUCCGAAAGACUUUUGAACAGGAGCCCCUGGGGAAAGAAGUGUCUUUGGAACAGGAAGUCCUGCUCCAGUGCCGGCCACCUGAAGGCAUCCCAGUAGCUGAGGUGGAGUGGUUGAAAAAUGAAGAGGUGAUUGAUCCCGUCGAAGAUCGGAAUUUUUACAUCACCAUUGAUCACAACCUGAUCAUCAAGCAGGCACGUCUUUCUGACACAGCUAACUACACAUGUGUCGCCAAAAACAUCGUCGCCAAGAGGAAAAGCACUACUGCCACUGUAAUUGUCUAUGUCAAUGGCGGCUGGUCUACCUGGACUGAGUGGUCAGUGUGUAAUGGUCGCUGUGGAAGAGGCUAUCAGAAGCGCACAAGGACCUGCACCAACCCUGCCCCACUCAAUGGUGGUGCCUUUUGUGAGGGCCAAAGUGUCCAAAAAAUAACUUGCACCACCCUGUGUCCAGUGGAUGGUAGAUGGACAGCAUGGAGUAAGUGGUCUACCUGUGGAACAGAGUGUACCCAUUGGCGCAGGAGGGAAUGCACAGCGCCAGCACCGAAGAAUGGCGGGAAAGAUUGUGAGGGUCUCGUUCUGCAGUCCAAGAACUGCACAGAUGGGCUGUGUAUGCAGAGUUUCAUUUAUCCUAUUUCAACUGAACAGAGAACCCAGAAUGAAUAUGGAUUUUCUUCUGCUCCUGACUCAGAUGACGUAGCUCUCUACGUUGGCAUUGUGAUAGCUGUAAUCGUGUGCCUAGCUAUUUCAGUGAUUGUGGCACUGUUCGUGUAUCGGAAGAACCACCGUGACUUUGAGUCAGAUAUUAUAGACUCUUCGGCACUGAAUGGCGGAUUCCAACCCGUUAACAUCAAGGCUGCAAGACAAGAUCUCCUGGCAGUGCCACCAGACCUCACAUCUGCUGCAGCCAUGUACAGAGGUCCUGUCUACGCCUUGCAUGAUGUCUCUGAUAAAAUCCCAAUGACCAACUCUCCAAUCCUUGAUCCACUGCCCAACCUGAAGAUCAAGGUCUAUAGUACCUCGGGUGCAGUCACCCCACAGGACGACCUGUCCGACUUCUCCUCCAAGUUAUCCCCACAGAUAACUCAGUCUCUGCUGGAAAACGAGACCCUGAACAUGAAAAACCAGAGUCUUGCUCGACAAACAGACCCAUCAUGCACUGCUUUUGGCACCUUCAACUCCCUUGGAGGUCACCUGAUCAUUCCCAAUUCAGGCGUAAGUUUGCUGAUCCCUGCAGGGGCUGUUCCCCAGGGAAGAGUAUAUGAAAUGUAUUUGACAGUUCACAGGAAGGAGAACAUGAGGCCACCAGUGGAAGACAGUCAAACCCUUUUGACCCCCGUGGUGAGCUGUGGGCCUCCAGGAGCAUUGCUGACACGGCCUGUCAUUCUAACUAUGCACCAUUGCGCAGAGCCAAACACAGAGGACUGGAAGAUCCAGCUGAAGAACCAAGCAGCCCAGGGACAGUGGGAGGACGUGGUGAUGGUUGGAGAGGAGAACUUCACCACUCCAUGCUACAUCCAGCUAGACCCAGAAUCCUGCCAUAUCCUGACAGAAACACUUAGCACCUACGCCCUGGUGGGACAGUCAACCACCAAAGCAGCAGCAAAACGUCUCAAGCUGGCCAUCUUCGGGCCGCUCUCCUGCUCAUCGCUGGAAUACAGCAUCCGAGUCUACUGCUUGGAUGACACUCAGGAUGCCCUUAAGGAAGUUCUGCAGCUGGAGAGGCAGAUGGGAGGACAGUUACUGGAAGAACCAAAGGCUCUGCAUUUUAAGGGAAGCACCCAUAACCUCCGUCUGUCCAUUCACGACAUUGCCCAUUCUCUCUGGAAGAGCAAAUUGCUGGCUAAAUACCAGGAAAUUCCCUUUUACCACAUCUGGAGCGGGUGUCAGAGAAAUCUACAUUGUACCUUCACCCUGGAAAGGUUCAGCCUGAGCACGCUGGAGCUGGUUUGUAAACUCUGCGUACGGCAGGUCGAAGGAGAAGGACAGAUCUUCCAACUCAACUGUACGGUGUCAGAGGAACCUACUGGCAUUGAUUACCCUCUCAUGGAUUCAGCAAGUACCAUCACCACCGUAGUGGGACCGAGCGCUUUCAGUAUUCCCCUGCCCAUCAGACAGAAGCUCUGCAGCAGCCUUGAUGCCCCACAGACCAGGGGCCAUGACUGGAGGAUGUUGGCCCACAAACUGAAAUUGGACAGGUACCUAAAUUAUUUUGCUACAAAAUCGAGUCCUACUGGCGUGAUCCUAGAUCUUUGGGAAGCCCAGAAUUUUCCUGACGGCAACCUCAGCAUGUUGGCGGCAGUCCUUGAAGAAAUGGGAAGACACGAGACAGUUGUUUCUUUGGCGGCAGAAGGAAAAUAUUGAUGCAACCUUGGAAUGAAAAAGAAGGAAUGGAACUAGGGGAGUGGUAUUGCCCUGUGAGCUAUGAAUAAGAAACAAAAUGAAUACCCAGACCAAUGAGUUUCACAAAAGACAUUUCAGAGAAGAAAACAUCAGCCCUGACUUUCACAUAUGUUCUCCUUGUACAUUAUGACAGGAUCUAAAAGAAAUCAUGCAAAGUUGUACCUUGAAAAUAUAAAUCAACCUAACGUUCCCCUCAGCUUGGCUGUACACUGCUUGGUACAGGAUUUUACAGUUUCCUAGGAAACGCUUUUUAUUGCUAUCCAGAUGUAUGGAUAAACUUUCUUAACAAUCCCAGUUUCUAUGGACGUUGUUUACAUCAAAUACCGGACAGGGGUAAGGAGACUGUCCAGGGCUUUUUAUAUUUUUGUUUCAAGCCAUUCUAGACAAAGCUGUGGACAGUUGGUUGUGGCUAUUUCAGAUGAUCAAUUUCCAGUGAAAUUCAGACUUUGGCUACAAAUCCGUGCAUCAAGUGUCUCAAAAUAAUCCUCCCAUCAUUGUUCUGUUUCUUAGAUCUGGUUGUAAGACCAGUGUUUUGAAAUGUAUGCAUCUGGAAAGCAGAUAAUCUGGGUGCUAAGCAGGAAUGCAUGUCUCUCUCCCUGCCUCCCCCAAGGGAAUUCCAUGGGUUCGUUGUGAAAAAUAGCUGUAGGAUUGUAGGGAAGAUAGGGAUUCAUUUUCAACUCACAAUAUAAUCCACUCCCUUCUUAAAGAAAGUAUGUGCGCGUGAGGGAGAUGCAAUUUGGAGUGUGGGUUGGGUGGUGGGAAAUAACCCUGAAAACAGAUUUUGCUAUAAUGAUUAUUUACUGAUAAGUAUCUAGUGCAAGGAUUAUUAUUAUUUUAUUUUAAUUUCUAAUUUUGUCAGCAAUAGCAUGUAUCAUUCAAGUGUCAGCAGAACCUGUUCUCUCCCUUCUGGAGCUGCAUGGGUUCUUCUAACACACUUCCCUUCAAAUGCCACUCUCCCUCCCCUUCUCCAGCCAUUGUGCUCACCCUCCAAGGCCUCGGGUUGCCAGCAGGGCAUGCUCACAUGGUUAGCAUACACUGGAUCAGCUCCUCCACUGGUGUAAAUUGAAGUCAGUGAUUUAAACCAGCAGAGGAUCUAGUUCAAUGAGUUCCAACUACCACACCAUGUGAGCUACUGCAACACCCCCUAUUUACUAAUGAUCUGAGGAGCAAACAUCCAAUUGUUAUGCUGGAAACCGUGCUGUGAAUAACCAA